CAACCUUGACCUUCUGCAAAAUCUACCCUUUCAUGAUUUCUGUAGGCCUGUCGGCAACCUCGCUGAACAAGGAAGUAAUAUUUUCUAAACAGACACGUCAGCACAGGUAGAUCACGGGUUCCGGGGGUAGAUCUAUGAAGAUGGCGUGUUCAGUUUGGACUUUGUAACUGACGUUAAACAGAAAUGUCUCCUUGGAACAUUUCGUGUAGUUCUGAGCCAGAAAACAAGUAGUUUAUACCUGGACAAGGAAUCAAAUACUGGGGAUAUGAACAACUACAAUAUGUUCAUGUGUUUACUUGACGUUAUCAUUCUGAGGCUUGGAAAAUCGAAUGGAAACCCUGGAUUUCUCUUCCUAGUAACCCACAUCAGUGAUCAUCAGGUAGCUAUGAUUUAGUGUCUUUACAAUUAUGUUUUAUGAACACAUGUGCCUGGAUUGGAGCUCGGUGUAAAGUCAAGAUUUAGAGACAUAAAAUGAUGUCUAUUUUGUGACUGUAAUUCAAUAUCAGUUAUAUAUAAUAGACCAGUUGUUUGGGUCUAUAUAUAAACUUUCUUGUCUCUUCCACAACUUUUUCAUCAACAUGGCAACACCCAUAGGUCAAAUCCCUCUCCGUACCUGUACUGAACACAAGGGGAGACCACUGGAACUUUUCUGUGAAAAAUGUGAUACACUUGUUUGUCUAAAAUGUCAUUUAUCUACUCACAAAGGCCAUGAUGUUUGUGAACUCAGCGAUAUUACUCCUACAAAGAAACAAGACAUUCAAAACUUUAUUGACAGAACUGAACAGAAUGACCUGGUACAACUUCGGGAAUACAUCACAUCUACUGAUACACUUCUUAGAGACAACAAGAGCAAUUUUGAGGAUCUUUCACACAAGUUGAAAAAGCAAACAGACAAAUUAAAACAAGACCUCGACUUGCUGACAUCACAGACACUCUCUCUUUACCACAAAACGGAGGAGGAUCAUACCAAGCUUAUACAGAAAUACAAACAGGACCUUGAAAUGUAUAACGAGCAACUCGGACAACAAAUUCAGGAAUGCAAAGUAGCACUCCAGCAUGGUUCUCACAUAGAAAUCUACGACACAGGAUGUGAAAUUCAUUCCCAAAUAAGCCUCCCCGUAAAACCUGUCCUGGGUACUGCCAAUUUCACUCCAAACAAAAACCCUCAACAUCACCUAGAACUGGCCUUAGGGAAAAUUGAAGCCUUAGGUCAAGGUCAAGCUUCAACUGACCAGGAUGGGUCAGUCAGGACAUCUGGUGGUCAGAAACUAUCCUCUACAUCACAACACUCAGAAUCAAAAGGAAAGAAGGCAGUGACUAUGUACAAACUACUGUCACAGACCAAAGUGUUGGAGGAGUGGAGGCCUCCUGUCGUUAUUGGUUCUGUAUGCCCCACCACUGAUGGUCAGGUGUGGACCUGUUACAGUGACACAUUAACUCUCCUGGACAGGAAGGGGAAAGUAAUACAGGAGGUCAAACACAAAACUAACAUCAUUGACAUAAGUCUGUCACCAACAACACACACACUGUGGGUCUGUGAUAGAGAAAACAACAUCAUGGAGCUAGUAUCAGGACAGCUAUAUCACAGAUUCAGCACCAAGGAGACACCCAUGUGUAUCUGUGUUACUGCCUGUAACCAUGUCAUUUUAGGGAUGACCAACAACAUCUCCAAAUUUACCCCACAAGGUCAAAUGGUACUCACUACAAGUGUUACAGGGACUGGGAAGCCAUUAGUGUGUACACCACAGAGGAUCUCAGAGUGUCCUGUCACUCACAAUGUCACAGUGGUUGAUAGGAAUAUUAAGGGUGAUGGUGGUGAUGGGACACGACAUGUUAUUGUUAUAGACACUGAUUUCAGGGAACUGUUUGUAUAUAGAGGUGACAUCCCCAGUACAUAUAAACAAUCAUCACAUAAAGGAGCUGAACCAUUUGACCCCCAGAGUGUGGUGUAUGACAGUGUGGGGAACAUUAUCAUAGGGGACUGGGACAACUACAGAGUCCUACUCAUCAGUGGACGUGGUGAGUUCCUCAGGAUCAUACACACAGACACAUACUUUACAUCGGCUGUAGGUGUAAACAGGGAGGAUGUCAUGUGGGCAGUGUUUGGUUACAGCAAUGUUAAACUGCUACAGUACAGCAGUGUGUGACUCCUGUGACAUAACUAGUAGGUAUAGUUACCAUGACAACACAGAACCAGACCAACAAAACUGACCACAAUAAAUAACCAGUCAACAUUCUACCCUGAUUGUACAUCAUCAUAAUCACUGGAGAAAAUAUAUUCAACAUUCUAGUGAUUUUUUUGUAUUAUGAUAAUCAGAGAUAAACCCGUCAAUAAUUUCUAGUGUGAUUAAUAAUUCAUUCUCAUCAAAGUCUGUGUGGGGAACAAUUUCGUUAAAGCAAACUAAAUUUGUUACUAAACCACUGAAAUGAAGUGUAUCUAAGAUCUAAGGUUUAUAGUGUGAGAAUUCCUGUGUUGGCCAACUAGACUAAUGGGGAUUGAAUGUGGGACAGCUGUACAAAUGGUUGCGGGACUGUGGUGCAACUAGACUAAUAAUGACUAAUGACAAUUGGACAAAUGACAGCUUGAAUAUGAGAACUGGACUAAUGGCGACUGGAAUGUGGGACAAACAAUGGUGGCAGGAAUGCGAGGCACCUGGACUAAUGAUUGCUGGAGUAUGAGACAACUGGACUAACGGUGGCUGGGGUAUGAGACAACUGGACUAACGGUGGCUGGGGUAUGAGACAACUGGACUAACGGUGGCGGAAGUAUGAGACAACUGGACUAACGGUGGCUGGAGUAUGAGACAACUGGACUAACGGGGGCUGAAGUAUGAGACAACUGGACUAAUGGUUGCUGGAGUAUGAGACAACUGGACUAACGGUUGCUGGAGUAUGAGACAACUGGACUAAAGGUGGCUGGAGUAUGAGACAACUGGACUAACGGGGGCUGAAGUAUGAGACAACUGGACUAACGGGGGCUGAAGUAUGAGACAACUGGACUAACGGUGGCUGGAGUAUGAGACAACUGGACUUAUGGUGGCAGGAUAAUAUGACAACAAGAUUAUUGAUGGCUAAAUAGUUGGACAAUGGUGGUUAGAUAGAAGAUGGUAUGUACAUUAGAACUGUUAGGAGUAGGGUUUUAUUAUUUUAUCCUAUGUAUCUUUAGGUGUCACUAGAAAAAGAAA